AACCUAUGUAACAGACUGACUGUCAGUGUCAGUUUGACGUUUUGAAUAUAGAUGUUUUUUCUUGAUUCGUAAAUCAGAAAAAUAAAUGUUAUUCAACAUUAUUAGAAUUAAAAUUUCACCUAUACUUCUGUGCAAUUCUAUUUUAUUUCUGCUAGUCUUUAUAUCUUGGUAUUGUGCUAUAAAGAUAGAUCGUCAUUUCUGGCAGUUACAAUCCAACACACAAUAAUGCCGUUUACCGCAGAUGCGGCGGCCGCACAACAAGUACAAGAGCGUUUGAAGUCCCUUCAACAACUCGUUCAUGAAAUUGAGAAGAAACGCCAUCAGAGUGAACAAGGUAUCAUAUCUCUUCAGAGGUAUGCUCAAGAUGAAAAACCGGGACAAAGUUCACAGAAAUUGAAAUCUCUUUAUAAAACAGCAAUUCUACAAGGAGAACAGGAGGAAGAGGUCAUAAGGAAAGCUCUUCAAAAAAUCACAGAAAUUCGGAAUAUCAAAAAUGAACGAAGAAUUCAGUCUAGAAUUGCUUCAAACAAAGAAUCCAUCAGGAAGGGAAUAUGGAUGAAAAUGUUAUCGAGUUCAGCACAGACCUUGCCUUUGUAUGUUGGAAAAAUAGGUGAAAAACCACCUCCACUAUGUGGAGCAGUUCCAGCAGACCCGAAUUAUAUUGCUAGGGUUGGUGAUAUGGUGGCAGCUUUGGUGAAAGAUUCAGGAGAUGGGGAAAACUGGAUUUUAGCAGAAGUGGUCAGUUAUAAUAAUACCACCAGUAAAUAUGAAAUUGAUGACAUUCUAAAAGAACAGAAUCAGAAGGGAAGGCAUACGCUCAGCAGACGAAGAGUAAUACCAUUACCAUUAAUGAGAGCUAAUCCAGAAACCGAUCCUCAGGCACUAUUUCCCCAAGGAACUUUAG